CUUGAAUCUUUCCCGCCACCAUUCGACCACUGGCUCCCCCCUCCCUUAUUAAUCGUCCACGCUCUUCCCCACCGACAUGCUAAGGUGGCUCUCCCGAGCCCGGCCAGGGCUACCGCCACCCGCUUGCCUCCUCCUCCUCGCCGCCUCCGUCUCGCUGCUUUUGCCACUUUCCCAGCCAUGUGGCUUCAUCCAAUAUCAGCCCCACGACCUGGCGAAGGUGCUGGAUGCAGACACGCUGCAAGCCAACAUCUUUUUCUCCCGCAGCGCCUGGGUGAUCCAGUUUUACGCCCACUGGUGCAUCGACACCGUCGCAAUUGCCCCCACCUGGCGAGCGCUGGCCAAGGACAUCAAGGAUUGGAGGCCUACUGUGAAGCUGGGUGUGAUAGACUGCGGUGAGAUGUCCAAUAAGAAAAUCUGUUCAAACUUUGGAAUCACUAAUUACCCAACUUUGAUGUUUUUCGAGCCAUUUGCCACGUUUUCUCGUCAAGGCAUAAAAAUUAAUGAGACUGGGGUUGAUCUGAAAAGUCUGAAGGAAGCCAUAAUUACACUUGUAGAGAGUCAUGAAAAAGCAUUCUGGUCCGAAGAUGCCCCAUCACUGAAACCAAUCAGUGCAGCAGAAUCUAUUGGCUCCUUGAAGUUCCAGGAAAGUAAUGUGGCUCUGAUAUUUGAGGAAGAAAACUCGCUUUUGGGCAAAGAGGUGAUACUAGACCUGUCCCAGUUGGGGAACAUUACCAUGAAGAGAGUCUUAAAGGGUGAUGAGAAGAUAGCAAGUGGAUGUGAUGUCUCCACCUUCCCUUCUCUCUUCUUGCUUCCAAGCAAAGACUCUUGUGUGCCCAUCCUUUCGGGAGACAUAUCGAGAACCAAUUUUGUAAAUCAACUGCUGAACCUACCUGGGGUCUACAGAAAAAUCAGCUUCACAGAUCCUGAGCCACCAAGUGCAGAACCACCAAUUAACCAUACACUUUGGAAGGUGGCAAACAAGUCAAAGAUAUACAUGGCUGACCUAGAGUCUGCAGUGUUUUGUAGCCUACGGCAAAUUGAAUUACGAUACCCUUUCCUUGAUAAAGAGACAUUUGAUACAUUGAAGAGUUAUGUCAAUGUACUUGACAAGUAUUUUCCUGCAUACUCCGUGGUCAAGAAUGACCUUCACAAACUGGAUGACUGGCUUAAGGGGAGAAGAAAUGUUUCUCGUAGCGACUGGACAGCAGCUUUGACUUCUCUUAAAGAGGUUGUAGGAGAGACAGAUACUCGGACCUGGGUGGGAUGCCAGGGAAGCAAUACUCUGUUUCGAGGUUACCCAUGCUCUCUCUGGACUCUCUUCCACUUCCUUACUGUGCAGGAAGGACUGCCAAACAAUAAGGAACUCGAACCAUCAGAGGCCCUUUCUACACUGAGAAAAUUCAUGAACAACUUCUAUGGCUGCCCAAAAUGUGUAAGACACUUUGAGAAAAUGGCAAGUGAAUCUAUGAAUGAAGUCAAGAGCACAGAUGAGGCUAUUCUUUGGCUUUGGUCAAAGCAUAACAAUGUUAACUUUCGCUUGAAAGAUGAUGCAAGCAAUGAUCCAGAAUUUCCCAAGAUCCAGUGGCCUCCCAACAAUUUAUGUCCACUAUGCCAUGAAACCGAUGGGGAUUAUCCAUGGAAUAAUUUAACUGUUUUGGAAUUCUUCAAGAAGCAUUUCUCAGUGGACAACAUUUCUAUGGACUUCAGAGACUAGCCUGUAACAGCAGUUCAAACCAUAAUCAAAUUAACUGACAAGUAAAUCACCAAAAGCCAACCCCCCCCCAAAAAAACCAAAUUUUCACCUAAACUACAAGAUGAAACUUGAACUCUGCAAAUUGUAACAACUAAGUUCCAAGGUGCUAAAUUUAACAUUGAAUGCCAACUCUGAGAUCUCAUGCUGAUUUCUGUCUCUAAAGUUUUUCGGUUUCACUGCACAUCCUCAAACAUGGUAUAUGUUAUCAUUUGUCCGAAAUGCCCUUCUGCCAUGUAUAUAGAGCAAACUGGACAGUCCUUGCUGAAGAAAAUAAAUGGGCACAAAUUUGACAUCAAAAAAGAUAACAUCGACAGAUCUGUGGGAGAGCAUUUCAACCAUCCAGGUCAUUCGGUAACAGACCUCAAAAUGACUGACUUGCAACAGAAAAACUUUAUACAGAAUUCAGCAUGAGACCUUAGAGUUGACAUCCAUUGUUAAAUUUAACACCUUGGAACUUGGCUUGAACCGAUUGUCUCAAAGGCUUCGUCAUUCCAGUCUGUAGAGUCCAAGUUCCAUCUCGUGGUUUACUGUAAUAUUGUAGAUGUUUAAGUGGAAAUGAAACGUUUGCUUUCUAUCUGCUUGUAACUGACAUCCAUCUUGUUUCUAUCCAUUCUUGCAUCUGACAAAGUGGGUUUAGAAAGCUCAUGCCUUAAGAAUAAAACACUGUUAGUCUUUAAGGUGCCACAGGCUCUUUUUGUUUUCAGCCCUCCAUUUGAAUCUGAAAUUUUCUCCCGGUGCCUAAAAGAUAAUAAAGCAGUUUCACAAACACA